AUGGCUGCCUCGCCGUCGGUGCCUCACACGGGCCUCGGUCUUUUGGGAAUGACCUGGCGUCCCCAGGUGACGCCUGAUGAACAAGCCUUUGCUGCUAUGAAGGCUGCUGUCGAGUGUGGUGCCACCUACUGGUCCUCCUCUUCGGUCUACGGCAUGCCCCCGAGCCAGUCACCGCCGAAGUAUCCCGAGGACGCGCCCAAGGUGACCCUUUUCAUCCGCGCCUGUCGCGAUGCUGCCACGGCCUCCCCGACCUGCACCCGCGACGGUGUACGUGCCAGCUGGGCAGAAUGCGAAAGCUUCCUCGGCGGCGUCAAAAAAAUCGACUGCUUUAGGCCCGCGCGCAUAGAUCCGAAAGUACCCGUAGAGGAAACCAUCGGCGCCCUUAAGGAACUUCAGGACGAGGGCAAGAUCGGCAGUAUCGGCCUGUCUGAAGUGCGUGCUGAAACCAUUCGAAAGGCAUCUGCCGUCUGCCCCAUCCGGUUCGCCGAGAUCGAAUUUUCACUGUGA